AUGGCUCCCGAGCGCGUAGUCCUCCCUACCAAUGUCGCCCCCGUGCACUACAACCUCAAGCUGGUCCCCAACCUGGAGACCUUUGUCUUCACCGGAGAGGUCGCUAUCACCAUCAAUGUUAACGAGCCAACUGCCGAGAUUCAGCUGAACGCCAAGAAACUCAACAUCAGCAAGGCAUCCGUCAUCGUUGGCGAGACAACUCACAAGGCGACGUCUAUCGAUGCUGCCGAGAACCAGGUUGCCACACUCACGUUCCCCCACACCUUGCCCAAGGGACCCGCAGUUCUCGAACUUGAAUUCGAUGGCGAGAUCAACGACCGGAUGAACGGGUUCUAUCGCUCGCAGUACAAGAACAAGGACGGCGAGACAAAGUACAUGGCCGUGACUCAAUUCGAGGCUUGCGAUGCUCGCCAAGCGUUCCCUUGCUGGGACGAACCCUCUGUUAAGGCGACAUUUGCUAUCUCGAUGGUUGUGCCCUUUGAGCUCGAGGCUCUGUCCAACAUGCCGAUCAAGGAGAUGACUGCUGUCGAGCCCGAUGUCAAGACUGUCUACUUUGAGACUACCCCCAUCAUGUCCACCUAUUUGGUUGCCUUCGCUGUUGGUGACUUUGAGUACAUUGAAACCACAACCACCAAGCUUGAAAAACCCGUCGUCUGCCGCGUCUACACCCUGCCCGGUCUCGUCGAGCAGGGUCGUUUUGCCCUCGAGAUAACCCCCAAGAUCUUGGAAUAUUUUGCCGAGAUCUUUGGCAUCGCUUACCCUCUCCCCAAGUUGGACCACAUCGCCAUCCCUGACUUUGAUGCAGGAGCUAUGGAGAACUGGGGUCUUAUCACUUACCGUACCGUCGCUUUGCUCUUUGACGAGAAGACCUCGUCGGCUGCAUCCAAGGAGCAAGUUGCUUCGACCGUUGCUCACGAGAUUGCCCAUCAGUGGUUCGGGAACUUGGUUACCAUGGAGUGGUGGGACCAUCUCUGGUUGAACGAGGGAUUCGCCACCUGGGUUGGAACCUUGGCUGUCGACCACCUUUUCCCCGAGUGGCAGACUUGGUCCAACUUUGUCGUCAGCGAGUACCAGCAGGGUCUCAGCCUGGAUUCUCUCCGCAGCUCUCAUCCCAUUGAGGUUCCCGUCUCCGACCCUCACGAGAUUCACCAAAUUUUCGACGCCAUUUCCUACUCCAAGGGUGCCUCUGUUAUUCGCAUGUUGAGCAACUGGUUGACCGUCGAUGUCUUCUUGGCUGGAAUUCGUCGUUACCUCAAGAAGCACGAGUACAAGAACGCCACCACCGAUGACCUCUGGAACGCUCUUUCGGAAGAGUCCAAGAUUGAUGUGCGUGAGUUUAUGAACACCUGGACCCGCAUCAUUGGUAUCCCCAUCCUAAACGUCACUGAGACCGAGACCCAUGUUAAGGUUGAGCAGCACCGCUUCCUGUCAACCAACGACACUACCGAGGAGGAGGACCAGACCGUCUGGUGGGUUCCUCUCGGAGUCUCUCCCAAGCCUACCUCGAUUCUCGAUGCCAACCAGACUUUGAAGACACGCACGUUGACCUUUGAGAAGCCUACUGUUCAGAAGGACGGCGUGGCCUUCUACCUGGUCAACAAGGGCUUCACCGGAGUCUUCCGUACCAACUACCCCUCGAGCGCCAUCCGCCAGAUCGGACAGGCCAUCCUUGCAGGCCAUGCCGACAUUGGUGUUGCUGACCGUGCUGGUCUCUUGGCUGACCAGUCCAGCUUGGCCACUUCGGGUCACAGCGGUGUUGACCGUCUCUUGGACUUGAUCCAGUACUACAAGAACGAGAAGGCCUACGUUGUGUGGGACCUUUUGCUUGCCAAGUUGGACAACAUUACCCAAUUGUUCAGUGUCAACGAUCGUGCCCACCGUGCUAUCCAGCACUUCCAGCGCAAACUCGUCCACAACCUGGUUCAGGAGCUCGGCUGGGAGUUCCCCGAGGGCGAGGACCACUUGACCAGCCUUCUCCGUGGGGUCAUUGUUUCCUGCGCCGGUCGAUCGCAUCACGAGGAGACCAUCAAGGAGGCCCAGCGACGAUUUGCGUUGUUCAUGCAGGAGGGCGCCGACCAGACUAAGGCUUUGCACCCCACGAUCCGCAGGACGGCAUUUGAGGUUGCCAUGUCGCACGGAGGCGUCAAGGAGUUUGAGCAGGUGAUGCAUUACUACAAGACGACGCCUAAGCAAGACCAGCAAGUCAUGGCCUUGGUCGCGAUCGGAAGUGCUGUCCAUGGAGAGGAGUUGAUCCAGCGCGUCUUUGAGUUUGCUCUCUCGGACGAUGUCCGUCCCCAGGAUUUCCCUUAUAUCCUUUCGGGACUGUCGACCAACAUUGGAGCUCGCCAUGCGGCUUGGCGCUGGAUUAAGGCCAACUGGCAGACGGUUGUUGACAGAUACACGGGCAACAUGGGCAUGUUGGGUUACUGUAUCAAGAUCCCUAUUAACAAGAUGGCGGACCCUGCGGUGUUGAAGGAUUUGGAGGAGUUCUUUGCUGAUAAAGAUACCAAGGACUUUGAGCGUGAUUUGGAGCAAGCCAAGGAGGGGUUGAGGAUUCGUAGCAAGUGGGUUGCUAGAGAUGGCGCUGCUCUUGAGUCAUGGUUGGUCGAACAGGGCUACUAA